UGGCUCUGGAGAAGGAAGAAGAGUGGGGCGGGAGGAGGCAGCGGCGGCGAUCCGGCCAGGGUGAUGGUACAGGUGCCAGGGCCCGGCGCGGAGCUGCCGCGCUGAAGGGCGACGGGUCCGGAGUCCGCAGCGCCGCCGCGUCGCUCCCGGGGACGGGCGAGCGGGCGGGAAGAUGCUGAGCAGGUUGAUGAGCGGCAGCAGCAGGAGUCUGGAGCGCGAGUACAGCUGCACCGUGCGGCUGCUGGACGACAGCGAGUACACCUGCACCAUCCAGAGAGAUGCCAAAGGCCAAUACCUGUUUGACCUCCUUUGCCACCACCUGAACCUACUUGAGAAAGACUACUUUGGGAUUCGUUUUGUGGACCCAGAUAAGCAGCGGCAUUGGUUGGAGUUUACAAAGUCAGUGGUGAAGCAACUGAGAUCCCAGCCUCCGUUCACCAUGUGCUUCCGUGUGAAGUUCUACCCUGCAGACCCUGCUGCCCUGAAAGAGGAAAUAACCAGGUACUUAGUGUUCCUGCAGAUCAAAAGGGAUCUCUACCAUGGCCGUCUCCUCUGUAAAACGUCCGAUGCCGCCUUGUUAGCAGCCUAUAUCCUUCAAGCGGAGAUUGGGGAUUACGACCCAGGAAAGCACCCUGAAGGCUACAGCUCCAAGUUCCAAUUUUUCCCGAAACAUUCAGAGAAACUGGAAAAGAAAAUUGCCGAGAUUCACAAGACUGAACUCAGUGGUCAGACACCAGCAACAUCAGAGCUGAAUUUCUUAAGAAAGGCACAGACACUAGAGACCUACGGAGUGGACCCUCACCCAUGUAAGGAUGUGUCAGGAAAUGCUGCGUUUCUGGCCUUCACUCCUUUUGGGUUUGUUGUUCUUCAAGGAAACAAGAGGGUCCACUUCAUUAAGUGGAACGAGGUGACCAAGCUGAAAUUUGAAGGGAAGACUUUCUAUUUGUAUGUAAGUCAGAAAGAGGAAAAAAAAAUUAUUCUCACCUAUUUUGCUCCAACCCCAGAAGCCUGCAAGCACCUCUGGAAAUGUGGGAUUGAGAAUCAAGCCUUCUACAAGCUGGAGAAGUCAAGCCAAGUUCGCACCGUGUCCAGCAGCAACUUAUUCUUUAAAGGGAGCCGGUUCCGAUACAGCGGCCGGGUUGCAAAGGAAGUAAUGGAGUCAAGUGCCAGGAUCAAACGGGAGCCGCCAGAAAUACACAGAGCAGGGAUGGUUCCUAGCCGCAGCUGUCCCUCCAUAACCCAUGGCCCACGGCUGAGCAGCGUCCCCAGAACACGAAGAAGAGCUGUUCACAUCUCCAUCAUGGAAGGCCUGGAGUCCCUACGAGACAGUGCCCACUCCACCCCAGUGCGGUCCUCUUCCCAUGGGGACACCUUCUUGCCUCACGUGAGGAGCAGCCGGGCAGACAGCAACGAACGCGUGGCUGUGAUCGCGGACGAGGCCUACAGCCCCGCAGACAGCGUGCUACCCACCCCGGUGGCCGAGCACAGCCUGGAGUUGAUGCUGCUUUCCCGGCAGAUCAAUGGAGCCACGUGCAGCAUUGAGGAGGAGAAGGAGUCUGAGGCCAGCACCCCGACUGCGGCAGAGAAAAUUGCUUCUUACAAUGGUCUGAGUUGGAUUUUCUUUUCCUUUUGUUUUUUCAAAUCUGAGCAGAGUGGGCAUGUGAAGGGACCACCACCCGCCACAGCGGCAGCAGAAGGGUGGGGUAAGUCUGUCCCUUAGAGUAGAGCCUAGUGGACAUCACUGAGUUUUAUUUAAUGGUUUGGUUUUUUUUCUGAAGAACUUUAAGACUCUUCUAGUGCUUCUGGGGUAUUAAAUGAAGUCAGUGGCAGCCAAGUGCACUGUGGGAAAUGUCCUGUGGCGUAGUUACCAGAGACCUGUGCUAAGUGGCCUGAGAGCCUGCAGGGUGUAGAGAGCAGGGCUUGCUUUGUACAGUGUGUCCUUCCAAAAAAAGGACUAUUUCAAGCUCUAUUUUAACAGCAAAAUGUUAUUUUCUUAUCUAUUCAUAUUUUGGUUUUACUUUAUGGAUUAAGAAAAUAGAACCUGAUGAACUUACAGAUCCAAGAAACAGAUCUGAGGAAAACAUCAAGAAUGAGCAGCAGCUUUGGAAGGGACCAGGAGACACUCUAAAUAAACAGAAUCUCUAAGUGAUGCCCACAAGAGACAGAAUUUGACCAUGGCAGAGACCAGCACUCACUGUAGAAAUGCCACCCAGCGGGUCAGCCUCUGCUCCUGGAAAUAAGGUCAAGCAGAACACUGGGAGGGCGUCACUCACAGCAGCACAGGAACACACUAAGGUGAGCAGGAGUCCCCAGGCCUCUGCACUUAAAAACAAUCACACACAGAUCUUGUUUUCAUCUCAGGGAGGGAUUGCUAAGUCAUCUGAGGCCCAAGGACUUAUUCAAGGACAGUAAAGGGGUAUACUCCUGGGACCCAGACAAGAGCGGAGCUAAACAGCCCCAAAUGCAGAUUGGACUGU